AUGAGGGAGGGAGGACUGACACCAGCCCCAGGAGGCUCCAAAGAGCAGCAGGAACUAUUCCAAACAGACACAGAUGUCCACCACAUGAGAGCCAGCACAGGACCACAGGGACAUGAUGAAAGUCCUCUGUCCCCUGGUAUUCCUACCGAGGCGGUUGGCUGGGUCAAGAUUAAGCUGAAUAUUUCCUUCCCUGCCACUGGCUGUCAGAAACUCAUUGAAGCGGAUGACAAACACGAUCUUCGUUUGUUCUAUGAGAAGCGCAUGGCCACAGAAGUGGCUGCUGAUGCGCUUGGCGAAGAGUGGACGGGUUAUGUGGUCUGGAUCAGAGGUGGGAAUGACAAACAAGGUUUUCCCAUGAAGCAAGGCGUUUUGACCCAAGGCAGAGUAUGCCUGAUGUUGAGUAAGGGGCAUUCUUGUCAUAGGCCAAGGGGAACUGGAGAGAGGAAGCACACGUCUGUUCGUGGAUGCAUUGUGGAUGCCAAUCUGAGUGUUCUCAACUUGGUUAUUGUAAAAAAAGGAGCGAAAGAAAUUCCAGGACUGACAGAUACUACUGUGCCUUGUCAGUUGGGACCUAAAAGAGCUAGUAGAAUCGGAAAGUUUUUUAAUCUCUCCAAAGAUGAUGAUGUUUGCCAAUAUGUUGUCAGAAAACCCUUAAACAAAGACGUUAAGAAGCCCAGGACCAAAGUAACCAGGAAUCAGAGUCAUGUUAUUCCCCGUGUCCUCCAACACAAAGGCUCCCAGGAACAACUCACUAAGAAAAACAAGGAGGAGGUUGCAGAUUAUGCUAAACUUUCGGCCCAGAGAAAGAAGGAAGCCAAAGAAAAGCGCCAGGAACAGAUUGCCAAAAGCCAUAGGCUGUCCUCUCUGAGAGCUUCUACUUCUAAAUCUGAGUCCAGUCAAAAAUAA